AUGUACAAGCGUCUAUCUAACAGCUCCGGCAACGCGCAAUUGUGCGAAAGAAUCCAUGAGACAUGCAAGGGUCACCUUGAGUGGGUCUUCGACCUUAAUCCCGAUGCAACUUGUUCUGCUAAUGUCUGGAUUGAUGGUAACUCCAUCGAGUUCACAGGUUUGACGGAUCUCCCGAGUGACAAUCCAGAUGCUAUGCCUUACCACAUUAUGAAGGCCAUAGAAUAUGUGGAGGUAUUCGACGAUCUGCACGAGAUGGCUUUUGUUUGCAGCAAAUUGUUAAAGCUGUGCAAGCAGUGGUUCUCGCGACUUAAAAGUACAAAGAACAUACGGACGCCAACCUGGCAGCAUACCGUGAGCUCAGACAUACCUAUAUAUCGCCUGAGCGAUCAUAUUUGGAUCUGGAGGACGCUCAAAGGUGUUGAAGAUUUGAUUUCUCAAGUAAAAUGGACGAGUGAUCAUUCUGCCAACGAUUACCCUCGACUUAAAGUUGUCCUAUUAGAGUUUCUGGAACUAGAACCCCUAAUUUCCACCCUGAAAGCUGAGAGAUUUCGGACCAGUGACUCAUGGUCUAUGACAGCAACGGACCAAAACACCAUUCCUUUCGACUCCGAAGAUAUUCGAAAGGAAACCCUCAAACGGUUUACCGUCAAGAACGAUGGUUUCAACCGACGCAUGCUGAGUGUCACUCGCAGCGCAAUCGAGACUCGGUUUUUACUACAUUCGCGUGAUACUGUACUGUGCUAUGGAAUCCUCUGGGGAUUUUAUGAAGGUCAGAGCGAGCUUCUGAAAGAGAUGUUAAAAAUUCAAAUAAAGCAUGAUGAUGAGCUAUGCGAUGAGGUAGCUUGGAAGGACCCCCUCCGCUAUGGACUGGCUCUUUUGCUGUCUCGUGAGCGUUGUCAGCUAGAAAGAAUGCAUUCGGCACAUACGAUCUAUCAACAUGCGAGAAAAGUCUUGUUGAAUUCAUCUUCAGCAAAUGGGCUUUUUCCCGGUCGGCUCAGCGAUGAUAAACAAGGAACAGUGUUCGAGGAGGAGAUUGAUCGUGAUCAUUAUUUUCACGUUGGAUUUGAGAUCCCUUACAUUUUAUUGCGAUGCACAUAUCCCAGCGAGACUCCACUUCUUUCCAAGGAAGACGAAACUUCCACUUCAUUUGAAUAUACGGAUACUAUACCUUUCACCCAUUCACAAGAGAUCUACAAUGAUUCGAGGCUUCAAAACGACCAAAGCCGUCAGAAUCAAAUUGGCGCACAACCACGGGUAGUAUCAACUAUGAUGAAAAAGCAGAAUCCCUACGCCGCAUUUUUCGACGUGAACAAAAUCGUGGAUGUCCAAGAUGAGUGGCUCUUCAAGGACCCCGAUUUCCUGGACUUCGUGCCUCCUCAGAACCCGCAAGAGAGAAAGACUAUAUCGGAAAGGGCCUGGGAGGCUUUCGGCCUAAGUGACUGUCCUGAUCUGUCAUGGGAAAAAGUGGAUAUUGCAGACGGUGAAAACACUAACACACUCUUUGAUUACUUUCUUCGGCGUCUGACUUUGAGAAAGACACUUCAAGGAGCAGAAGUAUCGGCGUUUGUUCUUGACAUCUGCAAAACCAGGAAGAAGAAGCUUCGGCCCUCUCAGAAAUCCUCGCUUUAUUGCAUACCAAUGGAGGACCACGAAUCGGGUUUCAAGUUUAUCUCACUGAGCAAGCGAAGACUUAAUAAAAGUAAAAAGCGAUUGAUAAACCUGAAAUUCCCUACUUGGGAUAUGGGUGUCACCUGUUAUCUCGCCACCCCAGAACGUGACAGGUCGAGCCUGGCGUCCUUCAUCCAAAGACAUGGAAACAUCAAAGCAAGCUUCUUCCAUGAUGACGUUAUGAUCGGGUUCAACACCUGGACUACAGAGUUUCAUUGUCGCUUUUACAGAGCAAUCAGGAAAGGGUCCCCCGAAUGGAAGAUGUUGGAAGCAAAGAAAUCUGUUGGGGGCGCAAAUGCACGAGCGGAGCUUCAAUGCAGCCGGAAACUGGGCUAUAAGCGAUGCCGAACGCUCGGAAACGGCUUCUAUAUCGUGGAUGAUGUUUUCAGCUUGCUUAUGGUGGGCGAUUGGUGCGAUCGAUACUGGACAUGUCAUGUCUUCGAGACAUCGACGACUAACAGUGGCCUGUUCGAAGAUAACUGGCGUGAAGACAAUCCGAGCUUCCCCCAAAGGAAAGUCCUUGAGCUCGUCUUGUUCAACCAUCUCCUAGGAAACGUCCACCGCAGCACUAAGGACAUUUUGAACAAGGUUGAACAAGAUCCACAAUCGAGCUCAUCUGAACCAAGCGAGGAGCUGUUUUCAACCACAAGUUUCAAGGACAAGAGACAAGAGCUACUUGAUGAAAUAUUCCAAGUACUUCGCAUCUUGAAAGACAGUAUCGAAGGCGUCAGGGGCUUGAUUGACGACUGGAAGCAGCGUGAGAGCUCUCAGGGGCGGGAAAGGCCACGCUGGACGCGCAGCGACGAGCAAAAGUAUCGCAAAGUCAUCCAAACACAGACCAAUGAGUUGGUCAAACAUGAUCGUGAAAUCAACCUUUUGCUUUCCAACAUCGAUUUUCUCAUUUCCUUGGUGAAUAAUGAAAAGUCCCUCAGUCAAGCCAGAGAUGUUACUCGCUUCACAUACGCCACUGUAUUCUUUCUGCCUGUGGGACUUGCGGUUAGCAUAUUCAGUAUGAGCGGUGCGCCGGAUCGAACAUCCAUUCUCCAAAUGAUAAUUACAGCAAUAGUUGCCUUGUCCGUCACUGUUGCUGUCCUUUGGUAUGUUAUGAAAGCCCCGAAUUCAAUGUACACCCGUGGCCUGAACAUCGGUGGGCUCGUGCAAGCUUUCAAACCGGAGCAAAUCGACGAGACGACCACCAAGGAUCGGAAGAUACGCGAUUCGGCGAGCACUGAUAUAGAGAAACCCCCCUACUUCUAG